UGGAAGUGUCCAGAGCCAGGCUGGACAGAGCUUGGAACAGCCUGGGACAAUGGGAGCUGUCCCUGCCCAUGGCAGGCGAGAGGGCACUGGAUGGGCUUUAAGGUCCCUUCCAGCCCAAACCAGUUUGGGAUUCUAUGAAUUUCCAAUUCCUAGCUCAGAGGGCACACCCAAACAGCUUUGUGAGGAACGCUAACAGAACAGUCCCAGGAAUACAAGAAGAGGCUUCACAGGGAUUUUGAAGUUGUGUAUCAUUCUUCUGUUCCUCUUGCCCAGAGUCAGGACAGCCUGAACCACAGCUCAGCACAAGGAGGAGCUCACGGGAGUAUCCCCAGGAUCUUCUGGGAUGUUUAGCUUGUGGCACAUGAGGAUUUUACUAGGAAUGACACAACUGUUCUUUUAUAUCUAUUUCCUGCUAUAAACAAUUCCAUAUAAAGCAUUUCAUAGAAACACAUUUUGUUAUGCAAACACACUAAAAGAGGGAAAACAGUGUGAGUACAUAAACUUACUGCAAAUGAUUAAUGAGGCAGUAAUUAGCCAGAGGAGCAUUAAUGGGCUGUGAGCAAUUCAGAUAAGCACAAUGCACAUGCCAGCCUGGGAGCAUCACUCGUGACACCAGAGACAAAGCGGAGCCGGAAUCAGGGCUUGGCUGAAAACUUUGUCAGUGGAGGACAAGAAAAAGCCAUUUUUCCAGCACAAAAGACAGACAAGUCACCCCCACCCACUGGUAGAACACAGGGCAGAUAGACAUGGAGCAUAAAUUUAUCCCAACUAGUUCUACACUUUUUAUAUUGGGAGUGUAGUUGUCCCUCUUGGUGUCUGUUCCAACUUCCAACAUCUGCAAGGUGUUUUUAUAAUCUUCUAGUAAUUAUAAAUCAGGAGAUUUUAAGACAUUUCCAUUUUGGACGUGGGAACUGACAGCAAAUUUGAAGCUUCUAAACUAUUGUAAUAGUGAUAAAAUGAGUCUUGCAGUUCACCAGCCUACUUCCAGACAUUCCUGCACUUUGAUACCAGCUUCUGCAACUGAGAGAUACUCGGGCUCCUAAAAUUUGGGGUCAUCCAAAAGUCCAUCAAGCACCACAACAUGCCACAUCAGCAGAAACACAGCAGUGCUCAGGCACUUUGACGAAGUUUGCUUACGACAAACCUUCUAUUUCUCAGCAAAUAAGAACAAGUUCUUCUCACCUCAUCCCCCUCCAGCGAGUUCAUGAGAUUAGAGCCUUCCUGAACUCCUUGCCCUCCUCAUCUGCAGUUGUUUCAUUUCUUUCUGCUGCUCCUCUCUGGGAGGGAGGGGGCACAGGCAGUGUGAGCAUUCAGGUGCACUUGAGGCUACCAGUGUGGUACUGUGUGUCUUCUGCUGGUAACACUGACCUCACCUGGCUUUUUGGGAUUAGUGAUCCUUCUCUUCUUUCUUUCAUUCCUUCCUUCCAUGGGAUUCUUGCUAAGAAACCAUCUGUAUUUUAUUGCUCAAAUAAAAAUGCAGAAAGAAAUUAGAGACCGAGGGAUUUUGUUCAGGCAUUUUUUUCAGUUGAAAUGAAUAUUCACAAAGUCAGUCAAGGAAGGGCAUUCCCAAGUGCACAAGGUUGUUUGGUGAACACCACAGGAAAGAAGAUGGUCCCACCAUUUAGGAGACUGGUCUUGCUUUUAGUUUUCUAAUCUCUUUCAUGGAGUCUGAGAGACCCUGUGUGGGCCUCAGUCAUGCUUUAGCUUGUACUGGAAACCUUUUGAUGACUAAAACAAACAGGACAAAAGAGUUAUCCUAGGCUGAAAAAAGAGGUACCCUAGGAUAAAAGAGCUAAUAACAAUUGGACAUUCAACAGUCAAAUUAAUUAUUUCAAUCUCAUUCUUCACUUGGUGUUGUCAGAUAAUAAGUGUUUCUAAACCAAGAGCAAACAUCCUACCCAGAGAGCCCAAAACUGGUGAUACAUAUGCUUUAAUCAAAGCACUGCAUUCAACACACCAAUGUCAGAAACAGGUAAUUCCCCCAAGCCUGUCACUGUCUAGCAGAGCACUGUUUGGAGAACAAUGAGAUUGCUUUCAUCUAAGAGUGUUCUAAUUUAAUAAUAAAUAAAUAAUGGUAGUGUCUGGCUGUCACAGUGGUCUGCUAAUGCCAUGGAGUCUGCUUCCGGGCAGGAAUUGCCCACUGAUAUUAUCAGUCAUUGUAAACUGUCUUGGCUGGGAAGUCAAUCAUUAACUCUGGUCCCCAUGUCAUAAAAACAUCAUAUUGUAAGAGCAUGACUCGCUUAAGGCUCUCACUAAUCAAUCAGGCAUACAGCAGGAAUACAGCAACACAUAAAAGGAGCCAGAGGCUCGGGAAAUCCUUCAGCUAAGGGGAGACAAGCUGCACCGAGGUUUAUCUCCAUGGAGAAAUCCACUGACAAGCCAAACAAGGAAAACAGAUCGUCAGCUCCUGGAGCACUGCAGGCUGAGGCAGACAGUCCAGCGCCCGUGGCAGGAGGUGCUGCAGAAAUGAGCAGAGCAGGAUCCGUAACACAAAACUCAAAACAUGAGAAGAGAGUGGGAUUCACUGAAGAGUGUACUGAAGAAAUGGAGAGACCUUCAGGAACAGAGAGAGACAGUCCUGCUGCCUUUAAACCAGCAGUUUUGGAGCGAGACUCUCCAAACUCAAGGCCGCUCGCUGUGCUAACGGACACAAACUCUCCCGAAAUGAGCACGUUGGAACUGAACCACCAGUGCUCAGACACAGCCACCCUGGACUUGGACUGCAUGAUCUGCUUCAACAAGUACAGCAUCUACAGAGUCCCAAAGCUCCUGGACUGCCAGCACACCUUCUGCGCUGUCUGCCUCAAGCUGAUCCUCAGGAAAGAGGAGAGCACCUGGACAAUCACCUGCCCUCUCUGCAGAAAGCCCACCUUUGUGUCAGGAGGGCUCAUCCGCACACUCCAGAAUAAAGAAGACGUCCUGGAGCGCUUGGAGAACCUUGGUUCAAACCCUGAGGUGUACGUCUGUGCCAUGGGGCUGGAUGGCAACAGCUGGACUCAGAGCAGCCCAGACAUCUUGAACACAGAGGAAAGCAGCACAGCACACAGCAGCCUGGCUGUGCAGAGACUCCUGCUGCUCCUGCUGCUGGGGGUGAUCCUCGCCAUGCUCAUCCUCCCCUUCAUGUACUCAGGGAGGGUGAAAUGGGUAAUCUGUCUCCUGCUUACUUUGGGGUUGCUCAUGUCUAUGGUGCUUUGCUGCACUCCUAAAUUCCACUGCAGGUGCAAGAAGGACUCCCCUGCCUCCUGUGACAAGGAGAUCCACGUUGUUACUGUUGCCUGAAACAAUUAACCUACCUGUUCCAGAGAUCAGGGACUGGGCCAAGGUGCAUGCUGGGCACACCAGUGAGUUUUGGACUUAAAAACAAUCUCUCGGAGAAUAAAUUCAACAGUUGGCUGAGCUGGCUCAAUGCCAAUGCACACUGUUGUUAAAUCUCAUUACUGCAAACAAAAUUAACUAUUUAUAUGUUGAUAUUUA